AUAAUUUAUAUCAAUAUUUCUGUAUAGCUAUGGUAAUCUACCAAAGAUUUAUUCUUCAUUGACUGAUCAUUAUAGUUUCGUACUUUGUUAUUUUACAUUACAUUUAUAUUUAAUUUAGAUAAAUAAUAAUUUAUUAACCAAAGCACAAUGUGCACAGAUGAAUUUUUGAAGUACCUAGCGUAAGCAUAAUCGGUGCCAUUGAAUUACUUAUAGAAUUCAAAAUUAUCUCGUCUGACAGCAUAGCCCGUUGUAUUUUUAUAAUAAUGACCCAACAAAACGAUUUAUCAUAUGGCAAAGCUUUGGAAUAUUGGGCAGAUAUACCUGCUACUAUUGACGGCGUACUUGGAGGUUUUGGAUUUAUAUCUGAUUUAGAUAUCGCUGGAUCAAAAUUAUUUCUAAAAUCGUUAUUUUCAUUGAAAGACCCACCGGCAUCAAACAUAGCACUUGAUUGUGGAGCCGGAAUCGGGAGAAUAACGAAACAUUUGCUUCUCCCUUAUUUCCAAUCUGUGGAUGUAAUAGAACCUGAUGAAAAAUUCUUGAAUACGAUCACUGAAUUUGUUGGCGAAGAGAGAAUUAAAUUGGGCAAUUUAUACAAUGUAGGACUACAAGAGUUCAAGCCUGAUAAAAAAUAUGAUAUUAUAUGGAAUCAAUGGGUACUAGGACAUUUGACUGACGAAGAUUUGGUAUCUUUUCUUAAAUAUUGCAGAAAUGCCUUAACUCAAAAUGGCAUUAUUGUAGUGAAAGAAAAUGUCACGUCAUCUGGUGAAUUAGAAAGAGAUGAUAAAGAUUCAUCUGUAACAAGAUCAUUAAUACAAUUUAUAAAAAUAUUUAAAAUAGCUAAUUUAAAACGUAUCAAACAAUGUAAACAAACAAAUUUUCCAAAUGGCAUAUAUCCAGUAUAUAUGUUUGCUCUAGUGCCUAAUAACAUAGAAGAAUUAAAAUCUAAAAAUCAUGUGAAAUUAGAAAACUAAGUAGUUUUCUUGCACACAAUAAUUAGAUUUUUUGAUGUGUUCAUUAAAAACAAAUAAUGAGUUUCAACUUAUUGUGUCCUUGAUGUGAAGUACCGAAUCCAGUUUCAGAGAUGUCCGAGAAAAAGGCUUCAUAUAUUUAAAAAUUUUUACUUAAUACAGGUGAUCAAAAUUCUAUAUAAAAAGGCAAUUGUUAACUGUUUCGUUUUUGCAUUUUUUCUACACCAUAUAAACUAAUGACUAUAAACCAAAAAACAUUAUGCUAUUUUUUGGCAUGUCACAGUAUAAAUUAAAAUAUUAAAAUUAUAAAUGGGAGUUAUUUUUAUUCCAUAUCAGUGAUUGAGAGUAGGGAAAAACAUGUAGUAUUAUGUUUACUAUACCUAAGUUAACUAUUUUUGCAAUCAUUCAACAAAAUAUAAAAACUUUAGAACACACAGACAGUUUCAUAAUGCAAUUACUAGAGUUGUGUACUUAACAUUGUUUUUAUUUGACUACCUAUUUUAGAAUACUGUGUGUGGCGAUUCUGGACAACAAUUAUUUAUUACUUGUUGCAAUAGGUAGUCUCAUAGAAUACAGCCCACAUUUAUACCUUAUUCUCGCAUGAAUUCAUUGUAGGUACAUUAUCAGCACUAUUAGCACAUGAGACAGCUAACAUGCUACAGGUUUUUGUAUAGAAUAUGUAUUACAGAUACAUUAUUCUGUCAGUAAGAUAAAUAGAUCCACAUUAUAUUCACCUAAAUUAAUAAGAUUAUCUAAU